AUAUUUGGGAACAAAAGGGUAGCUAAGAGCUUUAGACCGUACAGUAUAUUAUUUCUUCCCAGAGAUUUAUUUGAAAGUAUGGAAAAAGCAUGGGUGAUAUAAAGGAAUGUUUGAGGAAUGGUUACAGUAGGUGAGCAGUAGCAGUGUAAUGACGCAUCAUAAAUGCCCCGUGGGCCAUUAAGGGAUGUAAACGUGAGAUCCCAAAAUUAGGCAUGACGACCUCCAAAAUCAAAACUUAUUAUAGACAGACAUACAGGGAUAUUUCAAGUACACAUUCUACAUUUCUGUCCACCCCGUCUGAAGGCCAAAUGCAAGUUUAUUGUCAUUUAAUAAGAAUAGGGAGCCUGCAAAACUUAACGGGCAAGAGAAAUCAUACGCGGUCAAUAUGGUGACAAGGAAAAUAUGAAGAUCUGUUUAGACUGAAAGAAUCGGGAAAAUAUUUUGGCUUCCUGACUACUGUUUAUUCGGUUUUGUUUAUAUUUGCCAUCUUUGACCUUCACGAUUUCUGAUUUUGACUCAUUUUGUGUAAUGUCCCGUCACAGACCACAAUGUCUCAAUUUGAAACACGAUAUAUCAAAUUUUUGCCAAAAUAAUAUCAAAGUCGGUCGGUGGACAUGUGUUAUGUUCCAGACCGUACUGUACAUGUUGCAUGCAUGGGAACAUUUACAGUACAAAUAGUUAGACACAAUUACCUCUGCUUAUGAGCCAUGAGACUUCAAAGUGUCUGGCUCUGGCCCACCAGACAACCCAUUCCAACAUACCCAUCUUGCAUUUUACGACUUAAUAUAGGCAAACCCCCUGCUAUUGACAAAUUGUGCAAAAAUCAAUUAAAGGUCCAGUGUAUUUAAGGUAGUGGCAUCUAGCGGUGAGGUUAUGAAUUACAACAAACUCAAUCAACCCCUCCCCAUUUGAAGAGCUACGCUUGGCUGACACGGACCUAAGAUGUCGUCACGUUUACACUUCUUUGGCGAAGGAAAUAAUGUAUUUACGAAACGUGCUCUGUAGAGAAGUUUGUCCGUUUAGGGCUACUGUAGAAAUAACAUGGUGAAUUCCGUGCAGGGAGACCUGGGGUGUAUGUAGAUAGAAAUAGCUCGCUCGAAGGUGAUAAAAAUAACGCUUCAUUAUCUAAAGUCUCAAUACACCUCUGAAGACAUAGUUAUACAUAUAGAAAUUUUAUCAUUUGCAUUUUGCAUUUCUGAUUCUCUGUAAAACAUGGACCAUCAAACAACACAUCGCCUUUAAACAAUACGAAAGAGUUAUUGCGUGUGGGGAUCCGUGACAGAUGAUGUAUUACUAAAUGUAAACCAUUCUGUUGUUUACAACCCACCUUUUGUGGCUUGUUUAUUUUUACCAAGCAGGUGCUUCAUGUCACGGUCUGUUAAUGAGUCAUGUCGUACGUUUCAGGAGCAUUCCGGAAAUGCUCUACGAGGAUGUUCAGUCCAGCUCCUUGAGGGCGGUUUAAGUCCAACUUUAAUCAAACACAUCUGUAAAGUCAAGCCAUCCUAGAGAUUUUGGUGGUUUUUGUGCAGUAAGGUCUGCACAACGGUGACCCUCCAGGAGCAAGACUGGAUACCCCUGUAUUGCAAAGUUGCACGCCAUAGCAAAACAUAAAUGAAAAUCUGCUGCAAAAUGAAUUUUAAAUUGAAGUCAUCUGCCAACGAUACUGCGCGUUAAUGUCUUUAUUUAUAAUCAAAUUGACGACUAUUUCAAGUAGGAUGCCAGCCAGGAACAUCAUAAAACACACAAUGUGAUGUAUUGUCCUCCUAACCGCGCAUAUGAAGUAAUGAACUUGAUGAAAAACAAAAACAUAAUGUUUUUCUGAUGCAACCUUCACCUUUCUCCUACAUCUGUGUGUUGUUCUUUGUCUGCUGGAAUGAUAUAAAGACACAGAUGUUAAUGCACCAGCCAAUGGCGAGCAAAAGGGGGCCGGGCUGGACCCCUCUUCGCUCCAUCCUGUCUUUUAAAACUCUGGGUACUUCACAGAACUCCAUCAGACUUGAAGGACAGGGAAAACAAUUUAAACGCUGAUUUUCCAUCAACUCACUCAAGAACUUGACAUAACUGUCUAUUUUAAAAAAAUUCUCCCCUUUUUAUUUAUUUCUUUUUUGUUACCAGUGGUGUCCCGUCAGCGACAGUAUGUGGAACAUCCCAGUGGUGACAUUGGUCCUGUCUACUCUGUUUGUAUCGUGUCUGGCACAAGGGCCUAUCUGGGACAGCUCACAUCUUCGAAGAUUAAACCAAACAGACAGGAGCAGAAAACUGGCGUACAACAGCCUCUUAGAACCACAGACCACAGGCGUGACUGAGUGGACAUCCUGGUUUAACAUCGAUCAUCCAGGAGGAAAUGGGGACUACGAGAGGUUGGAGGCCAUUCGCUUCUACUAUCGGGAAAGGGUAUGUGCACGACCUGUAGCCAUGGAGGCCCGUACCACGGACUGGGUCGCAGCUGCGGAUACAGGGGAGGUGGUACAUUCCAGUUUGGAGAAAGGCUUCUGGUGCAUCAAUAAGGAGCAGUCAUAUGGCCGCAGUUGCUCCAACUACCAUGUGCGAUUCCAGUGUCCGCCAGUUCACUCCUUCUGGACCGAAUGGGGCGGGUGGACGCCUUGCUCUGCCACUGCCUGUAAUGAUGUCGGAAUCCAAGUUCGUCAGAGGAAAUGCAUGAGCACGCAGCCUCUUCCGUUACUGCUUUCUCCCAUCUGUGUGGGUCCUCAAGUAGAACGGAGAGAGUGUUCGACCCCGCCAUGCCAAGCCAUGUGGAGUAACUGGGGUUCCUGGAGCGCUUGCUCGGCGACCUGUGGGAAAGGUCGCAGGACAAGACGAAGAACCUGUCACAGAUCUUCGACCAAGAUCCAAUGCACAGGACGACCCACAGAGGUCCAGAAGUGUGGAAACGCAUGUCCAGUUGUGUGUAAACUCGACUGUACUGAGGGGCGUCCCAGUAAAGACUGCAGCUACUGCAUCUGUCAAGGACCGACAUUACACGGGGAGGUCUUAAGUGUCACAGGUGUACCAGUGGCUGGUGCUACAGUGGCUCUAGCUAAUCAAACUAAAAUCAUCCGUGCCCAAACUGAUGCCCAGGGUCAUUUUAAGAUUGAUGAGCUAUGUUCCACCCUGGAGACCAAAGUAAUUGUCAGCAAAGAAAAGUUUGCUCCUGUCACAGUCCCUGUUUUCAGUAACACCACUGAUACAUACUGGGUACAGGCCAUCUUACGAUCCUCAGAGAAACCAUAUAUUGUGAAGCAUCCAGAGGACAAAGUACGGUACAAGGGACAGCGUGCAAGUCUUUGCUGUACAGCAACUGGAAUGCCUAAACCUGACAAAUAUUACUGGUACCACAAUGGAACUUUACUAGAUCGUGCCAUAUACAAGUAUGAUGAAAAAUUGAUAUUGCGGGACCUGACACAAGAGCAGUCAGGACAGUAUCACUGCAAAGCAACCAGUCCAGCAGGAAGCAUCAAGUCUACAUCAGCCCUUCUCACUGUUUUUGCUAAAGGAACUCCAGCAUGCAAUGCUACACCUGAAACUCACCUGAUCAAAUUGCCCUCUGACUGCAGGCAGCCUACAACAGACUCCAAGUUUUACAAUGCAGGUCGCUGUCCACACAACAAAUGUCCUGGGUCAUUGGACUUUGACAUGCGCUGCAGAGAUGGAUCUGGCUUCUGCUGUGGGGUUAAACAAAUGGAGCCUCGAGAGAUCAAGUGUGGCCGGUACAAUCUGCCUAUCAAGGUUGUGAAGGAGUGUGGGUGUCAGACUUGCGUGGAGCCCAAAGUCCUUGUACGUGGAAGGGUGGUUGCAGUGGAUGAUGACGAACCCUUGCGUUUCGGACACAUUUACUUGGGGAAAGAACGGGUCGGCACAACAGGAUAUCAGGGUGGGUUCACAAUUCAGGUUUCUCCAGAGAUGCAGCGACUUGUGGUAAACUUUGUUGACCCCUCUCAGAAGUUCAUCGAUACAAUUAAAGUCUUCGUCUUUGACAAGAGAGGAGGGUCAGUCUAUCACGAUGUAAAAGUGAUGAGAAAGCAGGAACCUAUUGAUAUCAACGCUGCAGAAACUAAUACAAUUUAUCUCGGAGAAAUUGAAGGAGAGGACCCCAUCGGUCAGCUGAUUAUACCUCCAAACUCUUUUCACAAAAACACAGGGGAGGUGUACGAAGGAACGGUCAAGGCCAGCGUCACGUUCCUUGACCCGCGCAACAUCACCACGGCCGCUGCAACCCCGGGUGACCUCAACUUUGUUGAUGAUGACGGAGAAAUGCUUCCUCUCAGGACAUAUGGAAUGUUUUCGGUUGAUUUCCGAGAUGAGAAAAACCAGGAGGUUCUAGGUGCUGGCGGAGUCCAGGUCCUCCUUGAUACAGAGCAUGUCAAAAUGCAGGAGCAUAUCCCUGCUAUGAAACUCUGGUCCCUUCAUCCGGACACGGGCAUUUGGGAAGAGGAGAGUGGCUUUCAGCCCAAACAAACUACAAUCACUGGUAAUGGGAGGAACAAAAGAGAGGAGCGCACAUUCCUUAUAGGAAACAUGGAAAUCAGGGAACGUAGGAUGUUCAACCUGGAUGUACCUGAAAAUCGCAGAUGUUAUGUAAAGGUGAGGGCCUAUAUGAGCGACAAGUUCCUGCCCUCUGAGCAACUAGAAGGAGUUGUUAUAAGCCUGAUAAACCUGGAGCCCAAGCCUGGCUACUCAUCAAAUCCGAGGGCCUGGGGUCGUUUUGACAGUGUGAUAACAGGACAAAAUGGUGCUUGUCUGCCAGCCUUCUGCGAUGCUCAGAGAACUGACGCAUACACUGCUUACAUCACAGCCUUAAUGGGGGGUGAGGAACUGGAAGCAGCUCCCUCAUCACCAAAAAUGAACCCAAACAUUAUUGGUGUGUCACAGCCAUACUUGGGGAAGUUGGAUUACCAGAGAUCGGAUCACGAAGAUCCGGCGCUUAAAAAAACAGCAUUCCGAAUUAACCUAGCCAAACCCAACCCUAAUAAUUUUGAUGAAACGAACGGGCCAAUAUAUCCCUACCAGAAUUUAAUUACAUGUGAAAAUGCACCUGUUGAUGCCAACCACUUUCGCUUUUUCCGUGUUGAAAAAGAUAAAUACGAGUAUAACGUGGUGCCUUUUGAAGAGAGCGACCUCACCUCAUGGACUGGGGAUUAUCUUUCCUGGUGGCCAAACCCACAGGAGUUCAGGGCUUGCUACAUCAAGGUUAAAAUUCAAGGAGCUUCAGAAAUCAUGGUGAGGUCAAGGAACCUUGGUGGCACUCACCCUCAAACCAGAGGUCAGAUGUAUGGCAUUAGAGACAUUCGAAGCACCCGUGACUUACACCAACCGAACACCUCCGCCGCUUGUCUUGAAUUUAAGUGUAGCGGGAUGCUUUUCGAUCUUGCUACUGUCGACAAGACACUCAUUUCCAUCAUCCCGCAAGCCAAUUGCCGUCGGAUAGGCAUCAACAACCUCCUGCAAGAGUAUCUCAUAAAGCAUCCACCUGCUCUUCAAAACAACGAGUCUCACUCGUUUAAUAUGUUAGCUCCUGUUGAUCCCCUUGGACACAAUUAUGGAAUAUACACCGUCACAGACCAGAACCCACGCGUUGCCAAAGAGAUCGCAAUAGGCCGUUGCUUUGAUGGCACCUCAGAUGGUUUUUCCAGGGAGAUGAAGUCAAAUACUGGAGUGGCACUUACUUUCAGCUGCCCCAAAAGAACUGUGAAUCGUGAGAGUUUAUUCCAGCGCUUGCAAACAAAUCCUGGCCUAACACUAACACAGAUGGCACGGGAGAUGAGGGAGUCCCAAGGACUUCAAGUCAGGCGAGGGUCAACCCAAAUGGUGGCCUAUCCGUUCGGCCAACAGGGCAGGAGCCAGAACCGCAGAGCCACGAACACUAACAGAAGACGACCAACUUCAAGGACACAACCAAGAAAGUAGAUCUUCCUAUAGGUCUUUCAGGUUCAAGAGAACGAAGAAGAAAGUUUUACAAAACCUGCUAUCGAAAUCCCCAACUUGGUCAGCCUGGUGAAUUUAGACUUGAUUUAUCUGAACACAUUUAAACACUUGCUUCUUGAGUAUGGAGAACUGUCGUCUCACAGUUCCCUUCUCAAAGUUUACUGCAUUAAGAUGUUUCUUGUAUGAUCAGUGCAAACCGGUUAAAAGUUUCAUCCUGGAUGAUUUUAUUUAUUUUAAUUAUUUCAAAUUUUGUGACAGCAGUACAGUCAACAUCAAUCUUUAUGUAGACAACCCUUUACCUGUUUCUUUCAGUGUCUGACAGUAAGUCAAACAAGGGGUUGAGGUCAGAUGUGAUGGCUGCUAACUUUUGUUGUCGUUGACAUUGUAUGUAAAAAAAAACUGGAUGCAAUAAAGCAAACUUGAGGCCGCAAAGACAUUCCAGUUACGAUUUAGCCACCCUUCAGUCUGACCAAACCACAAGUGACCCCAGCCAAAAACAGCAUCCUUUAACAAAACGGAUUUUCAAACCAGACUAAACAAACCUGGGCUGAGACGUAAUCAAUAAUUUUAUGGUCCUACAGCAUAACUUCAAACACAAACUGCAAUGUGGUAAAACUGUUAUGGCUGGCCUAAUUAAAAGUUUUCUUUUGUUAUGAAAACACAGUGCAGGUGUUCUACUCGUAUGAUAAAACUGAUUGUAUAUUGUUUUUUGUGGGUCUCUGUCUUGUUUUUUUCUAGUGCAAUAUGUUGUUCCAAUGACUUGAGAGCCCUAACAAAAAUAGUCUAUGUUAUGAGCCAAUCAACCAUAGGUCUGUUUAAAACGUUGGGCAAUCCCUUAGUAAGUGUAUAUCUGAUUUUCAAAUUAUUCCAUGCGAGGGAAUCUGAGCAUCUUGCCAAGCAAAAGCAGCCUCUUCUCAUAUUUAGCCAUCUGACAAUGCAACAUAAACACAGUUGCAGUUUAUGAAGUCUCUCUGGGAUUGUUUGGAAACAAUUUAAAAAAUCCAACUGUGUCUUUUAAACAUUUUACGAAUCAGAGAAACUGUAUUUAUUGAAUAACUUUUUGUGGGUUGCUUUGCAAAUUGAUUUUCAUUAUUGUUAUUCAUCUCUAAUCCAUUUAUGGUUUACACCAACACAGGCUAGCAAGAGAUUUUAAGGCUUCAAGUUGCAUUGUGGGAUUAAAGGCACGUUUGAAUAAAUAAUGGUGCAAAAAUUCAUUACCUGUUUAUCAAGAGAUGAGUAGCUUAAUGUGGGUCAAGUUUAAACAACACUUUGGAGGUAAAUAAAAUUAAAUAUUCUUUGAAAUAUAAAAACUCCCAAAAAUUUCCAAAAAGUGCAAAGUUGUAAUGCUUAGUCAAGACGAAAUUGCAGACGCAUACAUUUAAAUGAUUUUUCAUGUAAAAAGUAUAUAUAAUGUAACAUAAAAGCAGUUUUUUAGUCGAGUGGUGCCGUGGAACCUAGAUAUAAUGUUCAUCUACAUUCUUUCCAGUUUUUUGCUAUAACCACAGCACGUCUUUAAACAAGUUAAUAAUGUUUCCAUCCCAGACAGUCUCACCUAAUUCUGAGUCAUACAAAUGUAACUUGAAUAACUUUAUCUAAACCUUUGUAAUAUAUCCAAUUACAGCAUCUUUGGACUACAAUCUGUACUGCUUUUUCUUCAUAGGCAAGCUAGAGAUCAGUGGGAGGAUACUGAAUGAAAAUGGUGCUAAAAAUUAGUUGGCCUCCGCAGUUUUCUGUCAAAAGAGUGUUUGUCGUCUGUUCAACUGUCGGGCUGGUCUCAGGGAGACUAUAACUUUUACAGGAAUCUCCUUUGACAAAAUGUGUUGUUAACUCUACCGUUGUCUCCAUUGCGAUCCAAAAGUUGAAUAGAUGCCUGCCUCUUGAACAUAAUACAUAAAUAAAUUCCUGAAAAAUCCAUAAGAAUGUAAAUGAAAGUGCAUGAAGUUACCCGUCUUGCAUUCUCAAAAGCCAGUUUUAUGUGUAAAUAGGGUAUAUGCACAUGGGACGAUGACGUUAUUCCGGUAAAAUCGCUGCCAGCUAGGUCAGGUCCGCUCUCAUAGCACAAAGGUCAGCACUACGCGUGAGAAUUUUUAAGUGCCUCUGAGUGCCUCUAGUAAGUGCAAAAGUUCACUUUCCUUUUUUCAUAUUUGUUAAUGUACCUUGAAACAAAUAGCCUGAAGUCCUUCUCCUUUUUGGUUGUCGACGUAUGGCGAAGUGUUUGAAUAAUUAGAAUCGUAAUGUGCAUCCUGAUGCGAAACACCAUUUUUCCCUAUGCCGCCGGAUGUAACAGAGCUGGCAGAGAUUGUAGUAUAAGGACGUCAUGGGUUCGUGUGC